AUGGGGAACCAAGAACUCCUUGAUUGCUUCUGUGACUAUACUGCAUUGAAGGCUCGACACUCAUAUGGUCCACAAGGGCACCGAGGGAUGGGUGCCUUAAUUUUUGAGGAAUCCACGAUAGGUUAUCUAGAAGCCAUGCGGCUCCACAAGCAUUUUAAAGAGCAAGGAAGAGAUAGGGAGGCUUGGGAUUGCUAUCAGAAUCCAUUUCUCCCAGGUGGGAAGCGCCAACUUUAUGGUUACUUGGCUUCUAAAGAAGAUUUGGAUAUUUUCAACAAGCACUCUAGAGGAAAGAAAAAAUUGAAGUUUGAAAUGAGAUCAUAUCAAGAGAUGGUUGAGAGCAAGAUAAAACAUAUUAAUGAUGAUAGUCGGAAUCUUGACUAUUAUAAGAGCAUGGUAGCCAAAGAACAAAUCAAAUCACAAGUAGGUACAGACUCUUUAUUGAGAAUAAGUGAGAAGUUAAGCUUGACAACCGAAGAAAACCGUGUUGACCAACAAAACAAGGAGAUGGAUGCACUAGAAAAAAAUUUCCAGAGCCAAAUCCUAGACAUUCAACAAGCCAUAGCUGCAAAGGAAGAUAAGUUUGUGAAAUUACAGCAGGCAAUGCAAGAAAAAGUAAAAGAGUCCUGCGGAGAAUCUUCUGAGAAAGAGGACAAGUACAUCUAA